UAUGGUAUGUCUUUGCACAGACCCACCGGUUUCGGUCACAGAUAUGCUUAUUGAGGAUCAUCAAGCAUACGCAAGACACACGCCAUGAUUAGACACAGGCCAAAUGUGGAGGGCCUCAUUGUUUGUACUAUUUCCAGUGGUCAGCUCGAGACUUGUCUUCGGGAUUAUUCUUCUCCUCUAUCAUCGUGAGUGCACUCCCCGCGACUCUUUAAAGGUGAGAAUAGUACCGAUCACACUGGCAACUAUUGAUGUAUUCCAGGACGGGAAGGCUAGGAAAUGCUUCAAAACGCAGGUGCGAAACUCCAACUUUCGCACAAAGAGAAUCUGUGAGAAGAUAUUGGUCUUUUGAGUAAUCCUGAACUGAACUGGUAGCCACCGGCAAUAACUCGAGCACGUUAUUU